AUGGUCCGCCACAAAAAAGACUUCAAAUCCAACAACAAGCACAAAAUCGCGCCCCGCAACCGCCCACCUCCACCUCGCCGCACCACCGGCUCCGACCACGAAAACGAAAGUGAUGCCGCUGACUCCGCCCGCUGCUCCGGCAAACGUCUUAUGCGCCUUGGUCUUCUGCGCGAACUGCAUGUGGGCCAGAAGUUCGCGGGCGUGGUCAUCUCUCCGAAAGGAAAGAAAAUCGUGUCGCGGGAAGAUGCGCCUCUUCUCGAGCAAUACGGUGCCGCCGUUGUAGAAGCAUCUUGGAAUCGUAUCGAAGAAGUCCCGUUCUCGCGCAUCGGUGGGCCCUGUUCGAGGUUACUCCCGUACCUUGUCGCCGCGAACCAAACAAACUACGGAAGGCCGUGGCGUUUGAAUUGUGUGGAGGCCAUUGCGGCGUGCUAUUAUAUCUGUGGGCAUGCGGACUGGGCGGAGGACAUACUGUCGACCUUUUCAUAUGGAGAGGCGUUUUUAGACAUCAAUGCUGCACUCUUGAAGCGGUAUGCAGCGUGCGCGAAUGAGGAGGAGAUAAAGAAGGCCGAGGAGAAGUGGUUGGCGAAGCUCGAGAAGGAGUACCAGAAGGACAGAGAAGAGAAGGAAGACGGUGAAGAAGACAUAUGGGCGGGAGGGAAUGUGAAUAGGCGACAAAUCGACUUCUCUGAUGAUGAUGACGAUGACGAUGAAGAUGAAGACGAUGACGGCGAGGCAGAAGAGGGAGGAGCUGCACAGAAUCCGUACAACCUACCUGACUCGGAUGAUGACGAGGAGGAAAUGGCUGAGCUGCGGCGGCGCGUUUUGGCCUCGAAACCAUUCGCCAAUCCAACGCCGAAGGAAGAUGUGGAAGAAGACGAAAAGAAGCAGCCCGAACGAAUAGCGACGGCAGAGCCUGCUCCAGCAGCGAAAGCUGUCGGUGAAGACGACAGCGGGUCCGCGUCUGAAGGAGGUGACGAUGACGAUGAUUUCGAUAGCUUCAUGGCGGCGCAGCCUACGACUGAUCGGACAGGCAUCACUGGAAAGCAGAGACAGAAGGCCCUAGAUAAGGUGACUGCGACAUUCACGAGUACGAGUCUGAACGCGCCCAACAGACGGAGGGGCUGA